AUGUACGGUCGUCAGCACUGCUUUGUCAUUGAGUACCUCGGUCCACAAGGUGCUCGGCUAGUGGCCAUGCAGGCUCUGGAUGAGAGCAGCAAGCGUACUUGGAUGUCAAGUCUGCUUCAGUCUGUGAGCAUGCUGGCGGGCCGCACGCAAGUCCACGCCCCUUUGCUGCUGGGAUCUUCUCAGGGGCUUGCAGCCAGUGAAGGAAAGCCGCAAGAGGCACCUCCACUCCAGCGACACCAGCGUCCGCAGGACGUGGCAGCUUCGUCAUCAGAGGCGCAAGCACAACAUGGCGGCACGGGAGCUUCAUCCACGUCCUCAAGCUCUGGAAAGGGCCGCGGCAAGGGCCCGCCGCUUCCAAGCAAAGGGGCCAAGGGGUUGAAGGGCGCCGGAAAAGGAGCGCCUCCAGUGCCCCCACUUCCUCUCGGAAAGGGCAAGGGCAAGGCUCAGCCAAAGGCUUCGGCCAAAUCGCUGCCCUUCGGAAAGCGAUUGAACAUGAAGGAUUCAGGGGCUCUUCCGCAGACUGCGAGAGGCGAGAGAGGCGAACAGCCAAGCAUCUUCCAGGGGCUUUUUGCCAAGAGAGCUGGACAAGCACAAGAGGACAUCGAAACCCUGCGGUCGCUGUUCUCGGAGAACAAGGCUUCCGCAAGCUCCAGCACUGGCAAGGGCGCGCCAUCCCUGUCGCCGGGUACAAGUGCAACCCCGCGCAAGAUCUUCCCGGAUGCGGUGGCCCGGAAUUGCCAGAUCGUCCUGCGGGGCCUGCCGCUGCGGGGCCAGGACCUCUUCGAGGCCGUGCGGCUCCUUGAGCCGGGCCCCCUGGACCAGGACCAGCUCGAGCGCCUGGCGCAGAUGAUGCCCGAGCCCUCUCUGAUGAUUCAGCUCCAGGUGGCCAGCGAAGGUCCCUGCCCCUUGCGGGACGCGGAACAGGCCUUGGUGCCUUUCAGCCAGCUUGGGCGCCUUCAGGAGAGGCUCAAGGCCCUCACCCUUGCUGCCAACCUCCAGCCUCAAGAGCUUCGGCUCAUGGGACAGAUGCAGGCUGUCAGAGAGGCAUGUGCACAGAUGCGUGAGUCUAGCAGCCUCAAGCACAUCCUGGCCACAGUUCUUGUGAUGUACAACUAUGUGAACUUUGGCCAAGUAGAGCGGGCAGAAGCACGAGCCUUCGACAUCGCCAACCUCCUUCAUUUGAAUGAAUUUCGAGCGGAUCGCGGUGCUCCCUUCCCAAAGUUCACAGCGCUGCACUACGUGGCCAUGAGGCUUCUCGCGGAUGAGUCUGCCAAGUCUGUCCGCACCUUGCAGGCUGAGCUGGGAAGAGUAGCGGAGGCGGCGGGCAUCUGCCUCAGGUACAUUGGAACCUCUAUCGAGCAAUUAGUCGAAGACAUCCGGAAGCUGCGGGAAGAGCAGCGGGCCAAUGCGACGUUGUAUGGGGCUGUCGAGGAGCCAGCUCCAGCACCUCCACUGCCGCCGCCAUUGCCAUUGCCAUUGCCACCGGUACCUACCCCGCCUGUGGCUCGUCGACUCACGGAGCUCAGCGAGGUCUCCGAGUGUGAAGAGAUGACGCCGAGAGUUGACCUCAUUCCGCAGCAGACACCCCGAUGCGGUGCCAGAGCGGCGGCCUGGAUACGCCAGGCUGUGGGGCAACUUGGGCCAACAGAGCUGGCGGAUCUGGCGAGAGGAGCACCUCAACAAUGCCCGAGCUCGACCUGGCUACUCCUCAGGGAAGGCACGCGGAGUCGCAAAGUCUUCGUCACCGUGUCUGAGCUCGGUGUCCUGUGCUACGCCGAGAGCAUGGCGAGCCCGGAGUCCGUUCGGUGCUUGCCGCUCAUUGGCGCAGAGGUGUGUCCAGCGGAGUCUCCAAACGGCUUUCAGCUCAUCUGCCUGGAGAAGCCCGGUUGCACGACCAGGAGGACCUGCAAGUUCCAAGCCCCCGAUCUUCAGGCGUGCUUCCUCUGGCAGAGUGCCCUCAGGGCUGCUGCGAACCGGGCUGGUGCAGGUUGGCUUCAGGUGCGGAGCGCCUUCACUUGGAAAUGCCGCUGGGUGGUCAUCGUGACAGUCCCCUCACAGACGGGUCGCGGAAUCUCAAGGUUGUCCGAUGCAAGCCGAUGCUCUGUGCCUCUGCGGGCUGGAGCUCGUUGGCUGAUGUGGUUCCGCAGCCCAGAGGACAUGUUGAUUGGAGAAAUCUGUGGCAGCGUAGAGCUGAGCAGCACAGAGGUAUUCAAUCGAAAUCCACGAGCCUGCAGCUUUCGAGUGGGUUACAUUCAACACGGUCGUGGGGGAGAAACUUUGUCCAAUCUCUCUCUGAGGGCGCGAGAUGAGGCAGAAAUGGACAGAUGGACGGAGUACAUACGCUCUCCGCAGCCGGCACAGCCACCACCUGCCACGGACACAGCGCGCUGCUCGCCUGAGUCGAUCUCGCACCGAAGCUCUGAGUGUUCUAUGCCCUCUCCGGGCAGUGGAGGCGGACGAGUCCCCAUUCCGCGUUUAAACUUGGGGGCAUGCUCGCAUCUCGAGAGCGCCCGAAGCAGAGCUUCACUCGCAACCGCAAGCACUACCACACCCACCACGCAGUCCUCGCCAUCUCCGAAGAAGGAGACAAGAAAGCCAAAGAAGAAGGAGCGUGAGCGGGACACGCUGUGGACCGAGAUUCAUCGCGACAUCAUCACUCCAAGACCUGGAUUGGCUAGAGCCCCACGAAUUGUGGAAAGCCGAACAUGCGACGACUCGAGCUCCGAGGACUCGGACUACUCCGAGAGCGAGGAGACGACCUCCGAGCCGGAUGCACCCUCGCCUGGCCCAGACAGUGGAGUCGCCACUGCCAGCGCGGCCAGCGCGGUCAGCGCGGCCUUGGCCGGGUUGACGGCUCGGCGGCCACUGAACGCCGAUGUGUCGGUCUCCACCUACGCAAGAAUGACGGCCCUGGCAGACGAGGCCGAUUUGUCUGUGAACCGCUUGACAAGAAGUCUGGACGAAACCUUGGAUGAGGGCAAGCAGCUCCUGCUCUUCUUGGGACAGAAGAUGCCAUUGAAUGCCAGCCGCGAGGCGGCCCAAGUGGAACUGGGUGUCAGUGUCCGCUCCGUUUUCGACACUGUCAACAAGUUUAUACACCUUCUCAAAGGUGCUGUGUCAGAUGUGGAGAAGUUCCAAAGUCGCAGCAGCGGACGCAGCAGUGCGGCAGCUAAAUCAGCACCAUCCAGCAACUAUGGCUUCUACAGACGUCGAAGGAGUUCUGGCUCCUGCCUUCCAGCGACCGAGACGGAACAGUGCAACCAACUUGCCCGUGAUUGCGUUUUGCGGGCAGUAAGCCGUGCGUGCAAUGUCGAUGUGCCUGUCACAGCAGCUGCAUCACGUGCCAAGCGAACAAAGGCCGGGGCAAGUGCGCCCAAGGCUCCGAAAGAGGUAAGUGCCCAAGUGGCAUGUGCCUUCGACGAGCUUGACUGA